UGCGCGGCAGGUGAAUACCCUCCGCCCUAAUGGGUGAGGCCGGGGCAGGAGGAGGAGGCUCCAAGACACUUAGCCACGAGAGAUCAAGGACCGUGGCCUGAGAACAGGCCGCAGCAGCAACAGGAGCCACCGCACGCAGAACAGGCAGCAAAAGAUGAGGUUUAUGCUGCUCUUCAGCCGGCAAGGGAAGCUCCGGUUGCAGAAAUGGUACGUGGCCAUCCCGGAGAGAGACAAGAAGAAACUGGUUCGAGAUCUCAUGCAGACAGUGCUGAGCAGGAAACCCAAAAUGUGCAGCUUCCUGGAAUGGAAAGACUUCAAAGUUGUCUACAAAAGAUACGCCAGCCUGUAUUUCUGUUGUGCUGUUGAAGAUCAGGAUAAUGAGCUGCUGACCCUGGAACUCAUACACAGAUACGUGGAGCUUCUGGACAAAUAUUUUGGCAGCGUGUGUGAGCUGGACAUCAUAUUUAAUUUUGAGAAGGCUUAUUUCAUCCUGGACGAGUUCCUGAUGGGAGGGGAAAUACAGGAUACGUCCAAGAAAAGCGUCUUGAAGGCAAUUGAGCAGUCAGACAUGCUGCAGGAGGAGGAUGAGUCACCACGCAGCGUUCUAGAGGAGAUGGGACUGGCUUGAAACACCGAGACCCCACAUACAUCCCCUCCCCAUUACUGCGACAUUCCCACCCUUCCCAUCAUUGCGACUCUUUAAACACUUCUCCCCUUCUUCCGCUCACACACUGACCACUGCCAUUUAGGAGUUUGUAUAGGUAUGUGUGUCACCGUGUGUCGCCGCUUGUGUGUUUGUGCACUCUGCUGUCUGAAAGCAAUGUGAAAAAGGGACCAAUCGCUCAGCCGCACCUACUCCCGCUCAAGCACACACUCUCCAUUCCACCAGAUCAUUCCAUUUCUGUAUAUCCAGCUGCACAGAUGAACUUGUUUGCACACUUGGUAAUGGGCACUUGUGUUUGCCCCUUUAUUUGCUCUCUGCCCAUUGCUCUAUGACCCGCAGCAGAGCUCAAGAAGAUGCGGGGAGUUGUAAUUUUUUUUUUAAGGGCAUCCUUUCCUCCUUCAAUAACUGACACGAGGACCCCCCUCUGCACGUUCUGGAAUAAACAUAGGUGCUGCUAAUUUAUCUCA